GACAUGGUUGUGUGUGGUAGCAGUCUGACAGCCCUAGCCAUGCGGUUUGCCGAGGAGCUGAAGACGCACUUGGUGGACGUGCUGGAGCGGUUGGAGGAGUUGUGGCUGAUAGCCAGGAACAAUGACUUCUGUCCUCACACACCCCACUACGGUUACCCGCCGCAUCAUCACCAUUUCCACCCGCACCACUUUCACUACCCCAGCAGCCCCAGAAGUCAGCCGCCGCCACUGCCAUCCUGUCCUCCCCCUGCCACUAUUUCCAGCGCCCAUAUAGACAGAAUUGCCAGCCUUAAAGCUCAAAUGGAAGGCAAUCAGAAUAGAUCAGACCCGUUUGCUCAUCAGAACUAUAUAGCUUUGGACGGAGACACACCUGUUGCCCCAGAGGACAAGAAGAAAGGAGGGUCUAUGUUCGGUCGCUUCUUCAGAAAUAUUGGAUUCAGGAAGUCCAGUCGGAAAGUAUCGUAUAGACAACAUCAAG